AUGACUGCAACUGCGUCCCUCUCUCGUCGUGUAUUUCUUGCCUCCCGGUUCCGCCACCCGUCCAGAGUUUUGGCGCGCUCAAAACCAUCUCUCCGCCGCUCCCAAGCGUCAAUAGCGAGCGUGCAACCCGAUUUUACACCUCCACCUCCACCGCCGUCCUCUUCACAACGUACACUCGACACGUCUGCCGGAGUCCCGCCUUACCGAGCUCCGGAGCAACGACGGAAUGAGUGGCAUGCUCCCUCGCGAGUCACUCCAAUGUCCAAAUACAAGGAGCUCAUAGACAAUGGAACCCUUCGGCCGGAUGACCAUCAACUUCAGAUUGUUGGCAAGCUCCAGAAGCUUCACGAUGAGUUGCGAAACUACAAUCAACCGACUGUGGAAGAAGCAGUCGUGCAAACUCCAUCAUUUCUACAACGACUAUUUGGAAGUCAGGCUGAGACUCUGCCAGAGCCUCCUUCAAACCUUCCCAAAGGCCUUUACUUGUACGGAGAUGUUGGGACGGGAAAGUCUAUGCUCAUGGAUUUGUUUUACCUGACGCUUCCGCCUCAUAUUACUCGCAAGAGUCGGGUACACUUUCACGCCUUUAUGAUCGAUGUUCAUAAGCGGCUUCACGACUUUAAGAAGACGCAUCCACCAGGUGCUGAUCCCAUCCUUCCAAUAGCGCGAGCAUUGGCCAAGGAGAACACAGUCAUUUGCUUUGACGAGUUUCAAGUCACGGACAUUGCAGUGGCAAUGAUUCUUCGAAGACUGCUAGAAUGCAUGAUCAAGUUUGGUGUCAUCUUUGUCAUGACUUCAAACCGGCAUCCUACCAAGUUGUAUAAGAAUGGGAUCCAACGGGCCAGUUUCCUCCCUGCAAUCGACUUGUUAAUGUCUCAGUUUGACGUGACCGACCUCGACUCGGGAACCGACUACCGAAAGAUGCCAAGGGCACUAUCCAACGUCUAUUUCCAUCCAUUGACAGAAGAGCACAACCUCGAAAUCCAAAAGAUCUUCGACGCUUUGACUGCGCACGAUGGGCCAGUGGUACAAGACAAGCAAUUGGACGUCUGGGGGCGCAAGCUCAAGAUUCCAGAGAGUAGCGACAACGUUGCCAAAUUUACGUUUGAUGAACUGUGCGGCAAGCCGCUCAGCGCGGCCGAUUACCUCGAGGUGACCAAGGAGUUUAAUACCAUCUUUGUCGUCGACGUUCCCAAGAUGAACCUCGGUCACAAGGAUCUGGCGAGACGCUUCAUCACGUUCAUUGAUGCAUGUUACGAGAACCACACCAAACUUUUCGUGACUUCGGAAGUACCCAUCUAUCAGAUCUUCUCCGACGAGGGUACAACCCAGCAUUCUAAAGAGAAGACGGAACAUAUGCGCAGCGUCAUGGAUGAGCUCGGUAUCUCCGACCAGCAAAUUGGGACUACAUCCAUCUUCACCGGAGAGGAAGAAUUGUUUGCGUUUGCGCGAGCGUGCUCGCGCUUGGUCCAGAUGGGGACUCAGGAGUGGGCCAUGACAGCAGGCCACGAGGAUAAGCACGCCAUGAUUCUCUGA